UUACCAUCCCCCAUCCCCCAUCCCCCCACACUUCAGCUCCAAAAUGAAUUUCCUCCGUAGCCUCGGAUCAGGAGGCGUGUCUUCUCUAGGCCCCGCCUCCCGCACGGAGGCCGUUCAAUGGCGUCACAGAACGCGACCCGAAGCGGCCUUCGGACCUCGGAGGUGUAAGAGGGUUCGCCUGGGCGGGAUCCGAAUUCGAGCCCCGUGACGGCAUCAGAAAGCGCCUCCGGGAAGCUGCAUGAGGGGACCCAGCCGGGCAAGAAUGCUUGGUAACUGAGACGCGGAGGGACGAUGUUGCAAAUUCUCGCCAGCCGGGGAGACCUGGUGCUGCUCCGAGACUCGGUGGAGUGGGAGGGCCGGAGCUUGCUGAAGGCUCUGAUACGGGAGGUCGCCCUGAAAGGGGAGCAAGUGCAAGUCCUGGGCUGUGAGGUAAGCGAGGAGGUCUUCAGAGAAGGCUUGGACUCCGAUACCAACAGCCGCCUUGUUUACCACGAUGUCUUCAGAGACCCCCAGGGCUGGACCGGGAACUGGGGGCCCCUGGGAAUCCUGAGAGCAUGCUUGAGAGGAGCAGAACCCGGUCCCUGCACCCUCGCGGUGGACUCCCUCAGCUGGCUGCUACUCCACGCCCCCUGCAGUGCCCUCUGCCAGACGCUGAGGGCCCUGGGCCAUGACAACUCCCAUCCUGGACGGGUCCGUGUGCUUGGCCUACUACAUGAGGACGUGCAUGGUCCGGGACCCUUGGGCGCCUUGAGGAGCCUGGCCCAGAUCGAGGUGACCGUGGGAGGGAACCUGGGCUUUACUACUGCACAAGUCUUCCACCCAAAGCCCAGACAUCGAUCAAUCGAGCAGACUUAUUGGUUCUCUAUCCUGCCCAACUUCAGCCUGGAGUUCCAUAAGGAAACCCUUUUGGAGCCCCGGCCCCACCGUGGACCCCAGUCACCCACAGUGGACGCCAUGGCAGACUUGACCUUUAACGUCCACCUGUCCAAGAAGGAGAGAGAGGCCCGGGAUACACUGGCCCUGCCCUUCCACUUCAGUUCAGAAAAGCAACAGUCCUUGCUGCAUCCUGCUCUAGCCUCUUCCACCAGCCAAAUAUUUUAUGAGCCUGAUGCUGAUGACUACCUGGACCAGGAAGAUCCAGAUGAUGAUCUGGAUAUCUGAUGAUUCUGGAAGACUUACCUCUGGCAUUGACCUAGAUUCACAAGCUGUACUGUAGAGUCACAACUCAACUUGAAGGUUAUGUUGUAAAAUCAAUGUGUAAGCCAAAAAGUGACAUAAUUUGGGUUGCCUUUGAAAAUCAUUUGUCACCCAUUACAGUAUCUUUAAGCAGUUGUAGCUGGGAAAGAAUUAGGCUUCCUUCUUUUAAAAGGCAGUGUGAGAAUGGGAGAGCAGAUGGCACAAAAGUGGUUAUUGUAGAAAUAAUUUAAUAUAAACUUUAUUUUUCACUAUGCCCAGCUUAGCUAUUUAUCAGGAGAUGGGACAGUAACUGGGGUCCUUAAAUGGGGGGAAAUGGCAUAAAUAUUUAGCUGGAAAAGAAAAUAGAUGAUUAGCAGAAAAUACUUUUGAAAGGGCUUUGUAUAUAAGUGUGAUUAUAUUAAAAGUGGACUACACCAUGAUAUUAACUGUUUCUUCUUCCUGCCCUACCAGGAAACAGAUAUAGUUCAUAAAGGGCUUCUGAUCAGAAAUUCCAGGAAGGACAAAAAUGGCUAUCAGCCUCAAGAUUAUGACUAUAAUUAAGAGAUUCUAGAAUCAGACUCAAAAUCAUGUAUUCAUUGUAUCAUUGAAUGGAAUAAUAGGUUCCAUCUAUGUUGUUUUCUUUCCCUUUUAAAAAAAGUGUCCAUUAAGUACAAUUGAGUUAAUUUAAAGGUUAAAAAAAUAAGAGGAUGGGAGUGAAUUUGGCUAAAUUUGGGAGUAAAGAACUAUCAAAAGGAAAGAUAGUGCCACUGUUCAUUCUGAAUACAAAGAUUAAAAACAUUCAUGGAAAGAAGACAGAACUGCUCAACCCUUAUUUUGAUUCUGUUUUCUCUGAUAAAGAGAAUAAUCUUUGGAAUGUUAAGGUAUUAAAAGUGAAUUUCAAUCCAUGUUAAGUAUAAUGGUGGUCAUCAGAGGAGCUCUCAGAUCUUUUGGACUGUGACACUUCCAUUGAGUUGGGCCUGCCUACUGCCAAUCAAACCUGUGCUCUGGCUAGGACACUUCCUUUGGAGCUGAAUAUGCUUUCAAGCCUCUCGAAUGACACAUGAGCCUUGGUCUUUUAAGGAAUACACUCAAACAGAAGCUGCUACUUGGUUCCUUAGACCUUGUGACAGGCAGGAAAGGGGACCUGGAUGUGCUAAAAAGGAUAGGCCACAAAGCCAACUCACAUCAUAUACUUUUAAGAAUGACCCCAUCUAUUUGCUCACUCUCUUCUUGAUGGUCAUGUAUGUCAGGACUCUUUAAACCUCAGACUUUCACUUAUGGGGGAAACAACUGUUCUUUCCUUCCCCCAGCAGCUUUGGCAGCUGCUCACAUGUGACAAUGAGAGCACAUAUUGUCUAGGUACGGCCAAGAUCAGAUCAUAGUGCCUUAGUUUCAUCUUUGUGUUUCUUAUAUUCCUGAGAUCAAUGUUUUAGCCUUGGCAGCAACCUCGUAAGCUCAAGAAUUUGUGAUUUCCAGAAUCAAGUGCAAUUUACCCAAUGGAAAGUGCUUAUUGCUAUAUUUCUUAAAAGAAAAGAUAACCACUGAUGAGAUGAUUCUGGCCUACUAGAAAAUAUGGACCUUGAGUGAGCUGAACAGACAGUUAGCAUCUGAAGUGAAAGUGUUCAAGGUUGUCUGCUCAGUAAUCCCACAAUUUUCCUAGGAACCUUUCUUUUGUUUUGUGAAAGAAUAUAAUAAAAAAAUUAUGUUAUUGUAUCAUCUUUAA